AUGCCUCUUUCCGACGCCAGUUUUACGGUGUCUGACUUUGAUCCUGAACACGAGGCUCUCGCAUCCACCCGCGAGUUUGGCAGUCCGGAUCUUCCCAAGAUGAAUUACCACGACGAUGAACCCGACUUCGCCAUCAACACAUCCACUCUUGAUCGCGCCUUUCCCGACUUCUCUCAGCUUCCCACUUCGGAGGAAGAAGACGCAUUUGACGGCGAAGUUAGCGGGGGUGUAGACGCAGGCGCCAUGUCCGAUUCCGAAGGUGAAUUGUCCUUGGAGCUGGGUCGAGGCCUGGGGAAAGCGUCUCGUCGUCUGGAUGAUUCCCGCGAUUCCGUUAUGAGCUUCCAGAAUAGCGUGCGGUCUUCAUCUCCCGCCGUGCGUGUCGAUUACCCUACCCCUCAGAAACAACAACCCGCCCGCUCGACGCGACGCGCCGCCAGCGAAAACCUCAGAAAGGAUGCCCAAUUAAGGCGAGCCGCUCAAGCCCAGAAGGAUAUCAGGAGCCCUCAAGUCUCUAAUAAGACUCGCGACCAACGACGGACUUUCUCAGAUAUGCACGCCAAAGUGCGUGACAACUACGACGGGUCUUUCUUGGGCGAUGAGCGCCCGGCUCCUGUGGACACCAAGCCUCGCUCGACGCGUUUCAACCAGGUCAACAACUCACAAGAAAUCGCCGAAGCCAUUGAACGCGCCAGCCGUGAAGCUUACGCCAAGGAACGCAAAGGCAGUGCGGCAGGAACACCGCGCAAGAACAUCCCAGUAUCAAAUGCCCUCAACCACAACAACACCAUGGGUGACACCAUGACUCGCCAGUCCUUCCUCCUUCCCGAUCUUCCUAAUAUCUCCGAAUUGGUUUCUGGUGUUUAUGAAGAUGGCACUCCGGUUUUCUCUCGUCAUCAGAAGAUGCGCUCCACACGUUUCGUCUCUCCUCCCCACGACGCGACCGAUGUGUCUAUGACCCGUGAACACAUGCCUCUCGAUGCUGUUCCAAUUCCUGAGGACGAGAAGGCGCUCUUUGUUUCCCUCAGACUCUUGCAAGACAAGGUCUCUGAGCUGGAGAUGUUCAAGGCCGAUGCCGAGAAGCGGAUCGAUAACUAUCGCCAGGAGAAUGCCUCCCUUAAGAGGUCACGCCACUCUGACAAGCACCACGUUGAUGAUAGCAACAAGAAUAGCUCCAAGCGACUUAUCAGCGAAUAUCAAAAACUCGAAGCAGCCAAUAUUUCUUUGCAGAACCAGCUUGACGUUGCGGACCGCAAGACCCAGGUCCAGGAGGCGGCUGUCAAGCGUCUGAACCAAGAUCGAGAGUCUGCCAUUUCACAACUUGGUGUGGCCUACCUUGAAACACGCGAACUCAAGAUCGAGAACGAACAAUUGCGACAGGAGAACGCAGAGCUCAAGAGCCAGUUGCCAAAAUAUUCUGGCAACAAGGCCCAAGAACAGGAAGCGCAGGAGACAGAUGCCAGCUUCAGCGCAUCGGAUGCUGAGGAUAGUCAACUUUAUACCGAGCGCAGCGGUGACAUGAGCCGCAGCACCAGAGAUAUUAUCUCCAGGCGCACCAGAUCGAACAGACGCCAGGAAGAAUCGCGUGCCAAGGUAUCAAUCCAAGUUGACAAGGAAAUUGGUCGACUUGAGAAAGAACGCGCAGAGGAGGCGCUCUUCUCCUUAAAUGUGCCCAACGAGAGGCGUUCGUCGUCCAAAAAUGCUCGAUCCGAGCUUCCUCGUCAUACAGAAUCGAAGAACGCCCGCAAGCAACCAAACACGAGCAAGCAGCGCUCGAAGCGUGUAGUUAUGGAGGAAAAGAGCGGACCCGUUGAUUUGACAGAGCAGACUCGAGCAUCAUCCGAGGCGGAGGAUCUCACCUUGCUCAGUGUGAUUGAUACAAAUGAAAUUGCUCGUCUACGAAAGACCCUCGAGGAAGAGCGCCUGUCUCGAAAGAAUCGUCGCUCUAGCAUGCAGAAGGAUUUGACCGCUAACGACACGGUGAACUCGACCCGCCAGAGCAUUCUCAAAGCCCCUCUUCCCCGAAAGUCGUCGCUCAAGACACCCCAGCAGGUUCCUCUGCGCCCUGCGUCCGCUAUGGGUGAUAUUACUUCUCGUUCUGUGGCCACUUCUGAGGGUGAUGCUAGCCUGGUUGUUCCCACUGCCGAUCGUCCGAGGCGCCAUUCUGACCACUCAGUUGCCUCAAUGUCGCAGAAGAAGAAGCGUUCCACAAUGGAGGAUAUGACAUCUGCUUUCAUUCUCCCUGAUAUCACCUUGAGCCGUGCCGAGCUCGCUGCCAGCAACCCUUCAAAACUUCCGGAGGCCACCCAGCGCGCCCUCAAUGGCAUCGCCCAACACGACGGGAAGAACUGCAUGGUUUGCAAGAACUCUCCUCCCCAUGAUGGGCCUUGCAACCACGACGCUGUCAAAAUCCCCAAACUCAUCCCUGUCUCUGAGCGCAUGCCCGAGCCCACGCCAUACAACGAGGACCCCACCAUGCGCCCCUCUCAACCACCCGCUGUGGCCCUUGCCACUGUUCUCAAGGCUCUCGAGGACGAACUCUCCCACCUAAAGAUGCAGCUUGCUGGAUACCAAAGUGCUUUCAACAAGCUCGACGCAUCUUUGGGCAAGAAGCAACGCAAAGCCCUCACCGAGAAGGUUGAGAAACUGAUCAAAGACAUUGAUCUGAAGUCCGACCAGAUUUAUGCACUAUAUGAUGUUCUUGAGGGACAGAGGGGCCGAGGCGAUCUUACGGAGCAGGAGAUGGAAAUGACACUCCAGUCUAUUGGUCUCGAUACUACCACCACUACUAUAGACAAACGCCAGGCAGGGGAUGAGUCGGAGGAUGAGUUGCCUUGGGAGGGCAUUGAGAGUACAGCUGAGUUGACUGGACGGGCUUGA